AUGACACUGGUCCCUGUCAAGGUUGGAGGCAGAAAUCUGCAGAGGAAAAUGUUGUAUUGCAUUGGCCAAGCAGCCCGUCUAUUGACUCUGAAAAAGCUGAAGGCUGCUGAAGUUGACCCUCGCAAGCAUCGAAUGGCCUUGCGAUACAGUUCGUGCAGCUUGGCCAUGGAAACGUCAAGCGGCUUCUUGGGCAUCUGGGACCAGGCAGAGCACCAAGACCUCACUGCAGUCGGGGUUCGGGAUGCCACAAUGGGCAUUUUGAAGGAGUUGUGCACUCCAUCUUCAGUGGUUCCUUUCACUAGGGACACAUUGCCUCUGCAAUUUGGUGACGCACUGGACGCACUCAAGCCGAAAGUUGAACAGUUCUGCACAGAUGCAGCUGGUGACGAAAUGGUGGCUGCAGAGCUUUUGAAGCUGGAUUUUACCAAUCUCCGCAUUAGAAGCAAAGACACAGCCCAUGCAUCACGAAGGAUUGCCAGCCGAUGUACGCAGGCAGAUCCAUACCUGGCACGGGUGCUCAAAAAGUAUGUGACGGGUGGCCAGUCACCAGCACAACUGCUGCAGUUUCGACCCUACUUUGCCAAGCGUUUUGGCCACUUUGUGAAGUCCAACAACGGGUGGAGCUGCAAAAACUUACGAGCCGCGAAACAUCGCUUUGAGAGCCUCCAGAAACCACUUGGGCGACUUGUCCUCCACAUGCAACCGCUCCUGGUGACCAUGGAGACGCUGUGUCGGGAACGUGCUGGAAAAGCAGAAGGCAAAACUGCCACAGAAUUCUUGGAGCAAUGGAGCGUGGAAGAAGCUUUGACCCUAGCAGCAUUGGCCGAUGCCCACGAUGAAGCAUUCCUGGUUACGAGGGUGGCCGAUUCUGAUAGCUUUCAGCCCACAGACUUGAUGUAUGCUCUUGAGACGUUCCAGAAGAACAUAGCCUGCAUGUUCACCCGGGGCUACUUGUUUGAGACCCCUGGCACAUAUUCCACGUUUCUCCUCGAAACUCUGAAGACACCGGUGGUGUUGAUUCACAAAGGGAAGCAACUUGUGCUUGGCGGCCCUGAUGCCAUCACUUCACAAAUCAAGCAUCGUGUCAUGGGAAGGCCAUCCCGUACUAUUUUUAAACUUCAAUCUCGAUGCAUUUAUUUACCAAUAUGUCACUAUGUACCACCACCAUUGACUUGUGUACAGCGAUCAUUGCGUCACCAAUGUGCCAGGAUGAUGAACUGGGUCAAGGUGGCUACAACAAUUCUGGAAACAGAAUUCCCUUCGUUUGGGGUGUGCAUGCACUUGGCUGUGGCUUUGAGAUUGAACCUCCAAGUGGACAAAAUGCCAAGACCAUCCCAGGAUUCUGCUAAAGCAUUGGCCACAGCUUGGGGGCUUGACAAAGACACUCAUCCAAAGUUGAAAAUUUCCUAG